AUGAUCCAGCGACACCAGCUGGUGCAGUCUGUGCUCCAGGAGCUGCAGGAGGCUACUGAAUGCUUUGGCCUAGAGGGACUAACCAGUGCAGCCCUAGAGGCCGAGCGGACUUUGUCAUCUUUCUCCUUACCCAGCUACUCUGGGAGGCAGUUUCAAGAGGAGCUGGAAGUCGACAGAGUAGCACAAAGUCUCUAUCCGGAAGAUGCUCCCAGCCAUAUGCUGCCUUUGGUUUGCAAAGGGGAAGGGAACCACCUCUUCGAGGCUGCCAGCGUGCUGUUGUGGGGGAACACCAGCCUGAGUCUGGAGCUGCAGGUGCGCACAGCGGUGGAGAUGUUGCUUCACAAGCAAUACUACCUGAACGGCAUGAUUGACUCCAAGGUGAUGCUGCAGGCUGCCCGCUACUCGCUCUGCACGGAGGAAUCUCCCGAGAUGACAAGCUUACCUCUGGCCAUCCUUGAGGCCAUUUUCGAUGCCGACAUCAAAGCCACCUGCUUCCCGGGCACCUAUGCCAACAUGUGGCACGUGUAUGCCCUGGCGUCGGUGCUGCAGUGCAAUAUCUAUUCCAUCUACCCGAUGAGCAACCUCAAGAUCCGGCCGUACUUCAACCGACUGAUCCGGCCCAGGAAAGGGAACUUGCAGGUCUCCACACUGCACAUCAUGUGGUCUGGGCAGCAGCUCUCCUCCCAGGUUUUCAAAGCUCAGUCCUUCGUGCCUGUUGUCGGCCUGGAAGAGCUGGAACCCACAAACCCCCCUCCAGAGCCUCAAGCACAGCCGGUGAAGACCCUGGAGCUGCUGAACAAGGAUCCGCAGGUGACAUACUCUAACCUGCGGGAAAGGUACAGCAUCACCAAAAGUACCUUCUAUCGGUGGAAGCGCCAGUCCCGAGAGCACCGGCAGAAAGCGGCUGCCAGGUUUGCGGCCAAGCACUUCCUGCAGUCCUGCUUCCAAGUGGGCAACACUGUCCCCCUGCAGCACUUCCGCCAAAUGUUCCCAGAGAUCUCACGCUCCACUUACUAUGCCUGGAAGCACGAAAUGCAAAAUGUGAUGAAUGGCGGCGAGGCCUCUUCCCUGGCCGAAGCUGGGUUGCCGAAGGAUCCUCAGGUGUACAAGCCAGAGAAGCUUCGUUCUGGCACGGAUGGUGCAGCCAAGGCUGAGGGAGGCCUGGGGUCCCCAAGCCCUCUCCUGAAUCCCAGCCAGAAUGGCUCCUCCAUGCAAGGAGCAAAGUCUUACCUGGAGAAAUGCAUUUCCAUGAAUACCCUGGUGCCCUACAGGAGCUUCAAGCAUAGCUUUCCUGGCAUUUCCAGGUCCACCUAUUACAACUGGAGGAGAAAGGCCAUCAAGGGGAACCCCAACUUCCAGCCUGUCCUACCUCUUUCCGUCAGCCAGAACCCCCUUGCGAACAGGAACCCAUUCAAGCCAGGGGCCCAACCUAGCCAGAAGAUGCUCAACGGGCAUCGUCCGGGCUCCCGCAUCCUCGUGCGCAUCAAGCCUUCUCUCUACCACUGGCAAAAGCAACUCCGUGUCUUAGCCAAGAAACAUGUCCACGAGUGGAAAAUGCCCUUCUACAAAUUCCGCCUACGCUAUCCAAGCAUCUCUUCCACAGCCUAUUGGUUUUGGAGGAAAAGAAGCAGCAGCCAGCCCAAAAAGCAUUGCCUUUCCUCAAACGGGGUUUCCAAAGACUUGCAGCAGACUACCGCUGAGGCAAGUGGAAAGGCGGAGCUUGAAUUCCAGUCCCCGCAGCAAAAGGAGACGACCACUGCAGCACCGAUGGACAGGCAAUUGCCUAAACCCUUCACCACCAUGAUACCAGGAUAUCCAGUGGCAGAAAGAGUCAAUAGCAGCAUGUUUGUGAUGGAUGUGAUUGCCACAGCUCAGUUCAAAGCCCAGGCCAAGCUGUUCCUCCAACAACGCUUCGAAUCCAAGACUUUUCCAACCUACAAAGAGUUCAGAGCCCGCUUCCCGCUAACGGCACGCUCCACUUAUUACAUGUGGAAACGUGCUCUUCAUGAAGGACUGACCCUGGUGGAUGCUUAG